CAGCUGACUAAACCGCCGUCGCCAGGACUCCUUCAGGCAGAAGUCUGCACCGCCACUGUCGUCUCCGCUGCCGCCGCUCGUCGCCGCCACAGCCGCCACUGCCGCCACAGCCAUAGCCAUAGUCACUAUGGCUCAGUAUAAGGGUGCCGCAAGCGAGGCGGGCCGCGCCAUGCACCUGAUGAAGAAAAGGGAGAAACAGCGUGAGCAAAUGGAACAGAUGAAGCAGAGGAUCGCAGAGGAGAAUAUAAUGAAAUCCAACAUUGAUAAGAAGUUUUCUGCCCACUAUGACGCUGUGGAAGCAGAGCUCAAGUCCAGUACCGUGGGUCUCGUGACCCUGAAUGACAUGAAGGCCAAACAGGAGGCACUGGUGAAAGAGAGAGAGAAGCAGCUGGCAAAAAAGGAACAGUCAAAGGAGUUACAGCUGAAGCUAGAGAAGCUGCGAGAGAAGGAGCGCAAGAAGGAGGCCAAGCGGAAGAUCUCUAGCCUGUCCUUCACCUUGGAGGAAGAAGAGGAGGGAGGUGAAGAGGAGGAAGAGGUGGCCAUGUAUGAGGAGGAACUGGAGAGGGCAGAGAUUACCACAAAGAAAAGGAAACUGGGGAAGAACCCUGAUGUAGACACGAGCUUCUUACCUGACCGGGACAGGGAGGAGGAGGAAAAUCGGCUUCGAGAAGAGCUGCGUCAGGAAUGGGAAGCCAAGCAGGAGAAAAUCAAGAGUGAAGAGAUUGAAAUCACCUUUAGUUACUGGGAUGGCUCUGGACACCGGCGCACAGUUAAGAUGAAAAAGGGCAACACCAUGCAGCAGUUCCUGCAGAAAGCACUCGAGAUCUUGCGCAAAGACUUCAGUGAGCUCAGGUCAGCAGGGGUGGAGCAGCUCAUGUAUAUCAAGGAGGACCUAAUCAUCCCCCACGUGAGUCCCUUCAACCCUGAGUCAAGCACACUGUUUCAUAGGAGAGUCACUAUACUGUUGUGCACUCUUCCAGGGCUAGUAGGCACAGUGGUGCCUGCUCCCACCCUGCAGGUAGGAGUGUGGGGAGUGGGUGAUAGAGACCAUGAUGGAUCAUCAAGCUUGCCUUUCCCACCCUCUGCUCCUAGCAUCACAGCUUCUACGAUUUCAUCGUCACCAAAGCACGAGGAAAGAGUGGUGAGUGAUUCUAGCUUAGCUUUUUCUAAUAUGUUGGGAAAGGCAGUAGUAUGGCUUUGGGAUUACUGCUUCUCCCCUCCAGGGCCACUCUUCAACUUCGAUGUUCAUGAUGAUGUACGACUGCUCAGUGAUGCCACUGUGGAGAAGGAUGAGUCACAUGCAGGCAAAGUGGUGCUGAGGAGCUGGUAUGAGAAGAACAAGCACAUCUUUCCUGCCAGUCGCUGGGAGCCCUAUGACCCAGAGAAGAAAUGGGACAAGUACACGAUCCGGUGAGCAUCCAGAAGUGGGCAUGACCUUCACUUUCCCCAGAGUGUCCCUCAUGUCUUCAGGGCUCCAGGUGCCUAGAUUCCCUGGGAUCAUGCCAGAGCACUCUGGGAGGAUGUUAGUUGCUAUUCUCUGGCCCUAAUAUUGUCAUUACUGUUUUUCUCUUUUACAAUAAAA